CUGAAUAACAUUUUAGUUCAAUCAUCGUGUUAAUGUGAUAAUAUACCAGUAUGUGUAUGAAAAGUGCGAAGAACUCACGAGAAUUUAAGUAUAAGUAAACUAUUAAGAAAUGUUAAAAAUGGGUGUGUGUCAGCUGAUGCUGGUGUUACUUCUGAGCUGGAUAACUGACACGCUAGCGCUAAAAGACGUCCAGCUAAUAGCGCCAUCUGCCGUCCGGCUUGGCGACGAGGUGCAACUCGGAUGCAAAUGGACGCUGGAAGGCAACGAGACGCUGUACAGCGUCAAGUGGUAUCGAGGCAGGCAGGAGUUCUUCAGCUAUCUGCCGAAGGAGUAUCCUUUCACGAGGAUAUUCCCGCAGCCUGGAAUUGAUGUUGAUGUGUCAAAGUCGACGUCGCAGCAAGUCGCGCUUCGCGAAGCGACUCGCGCGCUCGCCGGACGGUUCCGCUGCGAAGUGUCCGCGGACGCGCCUUCCUUCCACACGCAAGUCCGCUCCGCGUUCAUCCACGUCGUAGAACUGCCCCCAGACAAGCCGACAAUAAAAGCAGAAAAGGGAUGGUACGCGUCCGGCGAUUCGCUCCGCGCUCAAUGCUCGUCGCCGCCUGCCGACCCUCCGGCGAACCUCACGUGGCUUCUCAAUGGACGAGACAUCCAAGGGAAGCCAGUAAUCCAACAACGUAUUCUGCCCAGCCCAGCCGUGUCCAUAGACUCGCCCUAUCGCAGCUCUCCGUCUGGCGAUGAAAGCAACAAUAUCAUAUUCAGCCCGUGGAAGGCUUUUGGCCCUUUUGUGGACACAGUACAGGAAGGUGAAAUGCUCCCAAGCCAAGAUACAGUGGUGUUACCGACGCCGAGACAGCCGGAUCUGUCCCUAGACGAGGACGCCACAGACCCGAUUCCCACAAGAGUUACGUCCAAUAAGGUGGCGUCAGUAAGCCAGCUCUCAUUCAUGGUGCGUCCAGACAGUUUCGAGCGCGGCCAGCUGCGUCUGACGUGCAUCUCGUCCGUUCACUCGGUUUACAGCGAGCGAGCUGAACUCGUCAUCAACGAGGAGCGGCCGCAGAUCGCCUCCGUGCUGGGCACUAGAGAUCGAGCAGGUGAAGUCGCUUCCUCGAUGGCGCUUACGCUGUUCUGUGCAUCGCUAUCUAUCUACGAGAUAAUUAUCAGAAUCCUCCGAUGAUGUCGGGCCCCGGGCUGGACCUUUGCAGUUUGUACAUAAAAGAGUUUUAAUAAGAACUAGCAGUAUAAGAAUCGGUUGUACUAUAACUACUCGGCUACUUUAAGUUUAGGAUUUAUAGCCAGACGUUGGGCAAAAUUGAAUUUGUAGAUAAUUAGAGAGUUCCUUUGUCGAUAAAUUAAAUUAUCUAUGUUUUUUCUAUAUUGCUCCACGUGUUUCUUAUAAAAUGUGAAAUCAGUGUUGAAAUUACGCAAAAAGACAGUAAAAUAAAGUACUAUU